GUGGAGUGUGUGUAUCGUGACAAUCCGAAAAUGGCGGAUGAAAGCGAAUUGAUUUAACUUUAUCGUACAAAAAUAAGAAUAUCAAGUGAAGAACGACAAAAUUGCACAGGAUGAAUUUGCAGUCCAACGCGAAUUUUUAAGCCUAUUUUCCCAGAGCGACUCGACACUAUCGGCAGAAAGAGAAAGUAGAAGGAUAGAGCAUGGAAGAGAGUUCCCGUUAUAGCAAACGCCUGCGGACUGGCACGCGGCGGCGUUACCAAGAUGACAGCAUUUCAGAUGAUGAAAUCGAAGGGAAGAGGUCCUUUGACGUUGACGAGAAACUCCAAAGUGAUCGAUACAACUCAGAUCUGGUCAAAAUUAUGGAUGGGAAAGACUUCACCUUGGAGUACAUCCAACGGGAGGGACUCCGGGACCCCAUUAUCUUCAAGAAAGCAGAUGGUCUUGGCAUAAAGAUGCCUGACCCAGACUUUAGUGUCAGUGAUGUGAAAUUGUUUGUGGGCAGUCGCAGGAUGGUUGAUGUGAUGGAUGUGACCACUCAAAAAGGCAUCGAGAUGUCAAUGGGACAGUGGAGGAGAUACUACGAGACGCCGCCUUCUGAACGUGAAAAGCUGUAUAAUGUGAUCAGCCUGGAGUUCAGUCACACAAAACUAGAGCAUCUAGUCAAGAGACCUACCUCGGUUGAUAUGAUUGACUGGGUGGACAACAUGUGGCCACGGCAUCUUAAAGAAAGACAGAGAGACUCCACCAAUGCCAUUAUAGACAUGCAGUACCCUAAAGUACAGAAGUAUUGUCUGAUGAGUGUCGAGAGAUGCUUCACAGAUUUCCACAUAGACUUUGGUGGCACAUCAGUCUGGUAUCAUAUCCUCAGGGGAAGGAAGGUGUUCUGGCUGAUCCCGCCCACACCUCAGAACCUGGAGCUCUAUGAGAACUGGGUGUUGUCAGGGAAACAGGGUGACAUCUUUCUCGGCGAUAAAGCCACGAUGUGCCAACGGAUUGAACUGAAGCAAGGCUACACAUUCAUGAUCCCCUCAGGGUGGAUCCAUGCAGUUUACACUCCAAUGGAUACGCUGGUGUUUGGGGGAAACUUUCUGCACAGCUUUAACAUUCCCAUGCAGCUCAACAUUUACAACAUUGAGGACCGCACACGAGUCCCUACUAAGUUCCGCUACCCUUUCUACUUUGAGAUGUGCUGGUAUGUGUUGGAGCGUUACUUGUACUGUCUGACCAACACGUCUCACCUCACACCUGAGUUCCAGAAGCACUCACUGGGCAUUGGGCUGACGAAGGAGGAUGUGAUUAAACAAGGAGGAUUUAAUAGUGAUGCAGAAAAUGUUGAGAAAGAGGAGGAGACGGUGAAGGAGGAGCCAGAGGAAGAGGCAGCAUCUCCUGCUCGUCCAGGGGUGAAAGUUCACCUGACACCCUUAGAGCUGGAAGGGCUUUGGGAAUUACUGCACAGGUUGGAGGAAUUGCCAGCACACAAGAAAUGUGUUCCAUCAGGCAUCAGAAAUGCCCCAGCACUGCUCAGUGACAUACGGAAGCUGCUAGAGGAACAUGCCAAUGAUAACCCCAAAUUGUCUUACACUGGAAAACCAAUUGUCAAAUGGCCCAAAAGGCCCUCGUGGUAUGAGCCGCCGCCGCCUCUGUCUCUGCUGUACCGCCCACGUGUUCCCGGUUCAGCCCCUGUGUUGCCGCCGGUACCUCGACCCGUGAAGCCGUCUUCCUCCAUCUCAGCUCUGAGACGCAGGCGCGUGCGCUGCAAACGCUGCGAGGCCUGUCUGCGCACCGAGUGCGGCGACUGCAACUACUGUAGGGACAUGAGGAAGUUUGGAGGACCAGGCAGACUCAAGAAGAGCUGUGUUCUCCGUCAGUGUCUUGCACCGGCGCUACCUCUUACUGCAGUAUGUGCCAUAUGUAAGGAAGGCUAUCAAGAGUCUGAAGACUCCAAAUCCGUCCAAACGCUCAUGGAAUGCUCCGAAUGCGCUCAGAUCACUCAUCCAGAAUGUAUAAAGGUGCCCGGUGAGGGUAUUAUUAAUAAGGACCUUCCCAGUUGUUGGGAAUGUCCAAAAUGUGUCCAGGGCAAAAACAUAGAGUCUUCCAGUAGUAGUGAGGAAGAGACAGACAGCAGCGUGUCCAACAGCAGUCACUUGUCUGGUCCUCCGGCUAAGCGGGCAUACAGAGAAGGGAUUGGGGUGGGGGGUCUGCGUAUAGGGCGCAGAGGUCGCCCACCCCUCUCCCCCUCCUCCCUGGCUCUGACCCGCUCCAGACGGCAGCCGCCCCCAUCCCAGAGACUCCUGCUGCAGCACCAGCAGAACAGGAGGAGAGCAGGAGCACUGGAGUUACAGCUCAGGAAAAGGUUACCAUCUGACACUUCUGUGGUGCUAAGUGAUGAUGUCAGAGGCCAGGGGUCCUGCGUCACGGUGACGUUACAGCCAUCGAGGGGUAGGCGCGACCCUAGCGCCAUUGUUCCCAAACUGGAAGCCAACUUGUCUUCUAGAAGCCUUCCUCAAAACCACAAAGCCCUGCUCCGUCCCCCACUGCGAAAUGGCGCCCCUCGCUCAGACGGUCCUCAUUCCCCUGCGGACAGAUUGCAUGUAAACAAAUCACUCGCUCUUUCGUCAUCACCUCACACUCUGACCAGAAGCGCAUCCAAACACUCACACAUGGUGCGGAGUCUGAGAUCAAACUUGAAAGAGUCCCCUCACCGGCUGCCUCGAGAGAGAAUUGGGAAAAAGACUCGAUCGGAAAAGGCGAAGUCUUCCGACUCUUGUCCCAGUUCCACCUUGCGGCACUCAGCGGAGCAGAACGGAGGGAACGAGCCAGGCUGGGAGAGAGAGGUUUGGGUGUCCGUGUUCCGCUACUUGACUCGUGCAGAGCUGUGCAUUUGCAUGGCUGUUUGCAAGAGUUGGUACAAAUGGGGCUGUGACAAGCGUUUAUGGACGCGGAUCAGUCUGAGCCGCUGCCGCUCUAUAAGUCCUCAGGCCCUCACGGGCAUCAUCAAACGGCAGCCUGUCACACUGGACCUCUCCUGGGCCAAAAUCUCCAAGAAGCAGCUCAGCUGGCUCAUCAACCGCCUGCCAGGCCUUAAAGAUCUGGUGCUAUCAGGGUGCAAUUGGGCGUCAGUCUCUGCACUGAGCUCUCCAAGCUGUCCUUUACUGCGCUCUUUAGACCUGAGCUGGGCCGAUGGUGUCAAAGAUGCACAAAUCAGGGAGCUGCUGAACCCACCAGGCAGUGAUAACCGUUCCCAGAUGAAGAACAUGCAGUGCUUGUGGCUGUGCGGUCUGGAGGUGACCGAAGCCACGCUGAGGCUGAUCAUCAGACACAUGCCUCUGCUCACUCGUCUGGAGCUCUCGCAUUGUCCCAUCACAGAUGGUGCUCUCAACCUCCUCAGCGCCGUGGGCUCCUCCACACGCAACACACUCACACACCUCAACCUGGCAGGUUGCAGCCGCCUGACAGACCGUUGUCUGGUGUAUCUGCGGCGUUUGUCCUGUCUCUCCGUACUGGACCUGGGCGGCUGCAAAGGGGUCUCGCGGCAAGCGUGCGAAAGCUUUAUCUCCGAGCUGUCUGUCAAUGCCCUCUACUGCCUAUCAGAUGACAAGCUCAUCCAGAGGAUAUCGUAAAACCCGCCCUCCUCGGGGAGAGAGAGACUUUGUGAAUAUUUGUUUGACUGAGAAGGACUGCAGAGUCCGAAUGUGUGUGAGUGAUGGCUUCUGUAGGUCUGUAGGGAGGCUCUCUGACAGAGGACCGGGUUUCAUGUAUAGCAGCUUAGGAGGGAGGGGCUCAAAGCAUCCAGGGUGGGGCUUAUGUAUAAAUAGGUCUGGGUGAUGAGUAUUCUUUUGUAGUUAACUAUUUACCUUUUUUCUGUGUUCACACAAACACUGCAAUUGGCAAUCAGAUCGGUUCUCAGGCCUGUCAUGCCAUGGGCUCUUCUAUUAAAGAGAUCAACAGGUGCUAUUCCUUUACAGUUUGAUUUCUAUUUCAGAGCAGCUUUCUGUCUGCCUUUAAAAACCUUCGCUUCUACUGUUGUCUGAUACUCUAAUCCAUUGUCCAGAUCCUGUCAUCUAGACGCAGAUUCAUUUAUCCUCAGUAGUGUGGAGGUUUUGCAUUGCAUUUAUUUUUUCCCCCCCACUCAUCCC